UUGCGCGCCCCUACUUUCGCCCCCGCCGAGGGUCAUUAAUAUUAAUGACAUCCCGCCCAAUCAGGUGGUGCAGCGGCGGCAGCGCUUUGGUGACGUGUCGCCCCUCCCUGCAGCGGGUUCAUCUGCAUAUUCAUAAGAUAGGCGGGAUGAGGCGCGGACGUUUAUAAGGCACCGCCCCGCCAGGCUCGCCGUACAUUUCGCUGAAGCUUUGAAGUGUUGUGUGGACCUCGCACCGCCCGGCUAUCGGUCAGAAUGGCAUCAGAUGAGGGAAAGCUCUUUGUCGGCGGGCUCAGUUUCGACACCAAUGAGCAGUCAUUGGAGCAAGUCUUCUCUAAAUACGGACAGAUUUCUGAAGUCGUGGUGGUGAAAGACAGAGAGACUCAGAGAUCCAGAGGUUUUGGCUUUGUUACUUUUGAAAAUAUCGAUGAUGCAAAAGAUGCAAUGAUGGCCAUGAAUGGAAAGUCUGUAGAUGGGCGUCAGAUCCGAGUUGACCAGGCUGGGAAGUCCUCAGAGAACAGAUCCCGUGGCUACAGAGGGGGGUCCUCGGGGGGCCGGGGCUUCUUCCGCGGGGGCCGAGGCCGGGGCCGUGGCUUCUCCAGAGGAGGUGGAGACAGAGGCUAUGGCGGCAGCAGAUUUGAUUCCAGAAGCGGAGGCUAUAACGGCUCCAGAGACUACUAUAAUAGCAGGAGUCAAGGUGGCUAUGGAGACAGGAAUUCAGGAGGCUCCUACAGAGACAGCUACGACAGUUACGCUACACACAACGAGUAAAAAUCCUUCCUGACUCAAGAUCGUCCUUCCAAUGGCUGUAUUUAUAAAGAUUUUUGGAGCUUCGCUGAAAUGGUUAUUGUGUAGUACAUCUACUUGUAUUUUCACUUUUGUAGUAUUAUCAGUUCUGAUCUUGUCAUACACAGCCUGGCAGCUUCUGAGACAAGACUGUCUGAUUAGACUGUCUUGGAGAAAGCUCUGCUUUCAAGUGGUUUUAAUCUUUUUUGAAAGCACUUCAGAUUUUAUUUUAUCCUCCAUGAAUGAGCCAAGGUGUUCGUUUUUGGUUGUUUCUUUUUUAAGUUGGGGCCCCAAUUCAGUUUCUUUUGAGCUAGCAAGGACCUUGUACCAAUGUUCACUAGAAGCUGAACAAGCUGUGGACUUUUUUUUCCUUCCUUUUUUUUUUUUUUCAAGUGCAUUACCUUCGUCUUUUGUAACAUUCCUUUAGUGUAGCAAGGUAGGAAUGCAGCUUGGGUUCCGUUGGAAGGCAAACCACCUUGAUAUAUCUAAAGAGAAACGUGCUUGUAUGUUCAACCUGCAUAACGGUAUUUUUACUGUUGUAAUGAUGUAAAUGACCCAGAACUAGACUUGCAAACUUACCAUAAAGAGGUUCUUGAAAAUGUUUAUUUAUAUUGUCCUUUUUUACUGGAAGAAAUAUGCAUAUUCCAUUGCUGUUGUAUUUGAAGUGGUAAAGGAUUCCUGUAUACAGUUUUCUUUGGCUUUACGAAGCCUAUUAAAAGACCGUCUGAAAUGAA